AUGGAUGUGCGCUUAAAAGAUCUCACUUUCACCCUCAAAAAGCUGAACCCUUUUGAGGAAAGAGUGUCAAUUCGGGACUCUGAAAGAGUCAAAUGUUGGGACCUUCUAUGGCCCAAAAACCACCCAUGCGAACCAAAUUCUGCUGGAAUUUCUGAAAUUAUCACGUGGGCUACCUCUUUACAUGACACCGUUGGAAAGAGCAACAGAAGUGAUCAGAGUGGGAUGUUGUUGUUAAGGGGGGGAUUUGAAGGUGAAAAUGGUUGGGGCAAAGUUAAUGGAAGUAGUGAUAGGGUUAUGUGUGGAAAGAAGUUAUAUAAGGAAGCUUCCGUGGGGCGAAUCAGAAUGAUGGUAGGAAAAUGUUUGAACAGAAUGAGAAGAAGGAAAAUGAUGGGUAAGAAAAUGGGAGGAAGAGGUACUGGUGCAGUCCUGGCAUUGGAGAUGGUAAUUGACAGCAUUAUGGUAAGAAAGGCUGGAAAGUGCGGGACAAGGUGGUUAGCUGAGGCAGGGCAGCCACGGAAAAUGGGAAAGCUGUUGAGAGAUGUGACAUUCUAA